AUAAAUAACUCAUCUAGUUCUCAUACUUCACUCAUCCCAAUAUCUCUUCCUCUACUACCAAUUACUAGAUCCUUCUAAUUCUUCUCAUUGUUCAUUUCCUCACUUCUAGCUAACACAUUACCAUGGGUGCCAUCACUUACGAUAUGGAGAUCCCUUCUUCAAUCCCCGCCCCCAGGAUGUUCAAGGCCUUUGUUCUUGACGCCGACACCCUCAUCCCCAAGAUCCUUCCACAGGCCAUCAAGAGCGUGGAGAUCCUUGAAGGAGAUGGAGGAGUUGGAACUGUCAAGCUCACAACUUUUGGAGAAGGCAGCGCUUAUAAAAGUGUGAAGCAGAGAGUUGAUGCCAUUGACAAAGAGAACUUCACCUACAGUUACAGCAUCAUCGAAGGUGAUGCUUUGAUGGGUCUUUUUGAGUCAGUCUCUUACCACAUCAAGAUCGUUCCCACUCCCGAUGGAGGCUCUAUUUGCAAGAACAGGAGCAUUUAUCACACCAAGGGAGAUGCCCAGGUCACAGAAGAGGAAAUUAAGGCUGGUAAAGAGAAGGCCUCAGGCAUGUUCAAGGCCGUCGAGUCUUACCUCUUGGCAAAUCCAAAUGCCUAGAAACUAAUACUUAGUCCCAAGGGUGUGGACAACUUGGGUUACAUAUUCUUACGAGUGUGCCUUUGUAUGAUUUGUUAAAAGUGCGAUUUGUUGUUGUUGUUGUUGUUGUUUGCCAUUGAGUGUUUUCAUUCAAUUAAGAAGACUAUUGUAGUCUUUCCUCAAUGCAAUGUCAAAGUGAAUGAAGGAAUAUAAAUUCUAACUUCUUUGUUAAACUA